UGUCUGUUCAGCUAACUGCAUGAUAAACUGGGACCACAGACUAGAUGUCAGACCAGCUUUCUGCGCUACAGAGUGUUCAAAUACCUCCCAGAACAACAGGGUGAGAGAGGAGAGGACUCACUAUGGAUUUAAGAUCAGCAGCAAGAGGAUUUCUAGCUUUCCUUCUGUCAGUACCAGUGCUUCAGGGUAAUGAUGACUGGACAGUUACUUACUCAUCUAGUAAUGUCUGUGCUUUAAGAGGAGCAAUGGUUGAAAUCAACUGCACCUAUGAAUACCCUGACAACGUACAGUACCGCCCUACCACAGUCACAACACUGUGGUUUACUAAAGAAGACAACCAUCAGCCUGUUGUUCUGGAACACGAUACAGACUAUACAGGUCGUGUUGAAUCCAGCUGUGGAGAGGUCAGCUGCACCGGGUCCAGAUGUCAUGGAACAUGUACCCUGAGAAUCAAAGACCUGAGACAGAGUGACUCUGCUGUCUACAAGUUUAGGUUUACAACAAACCAAACAGAUGGGGAAUAUACUGGUGACCCUGGAGUGACGUUAUCUGUAACAGAUCUCCAGGUGAAGGUGUCCUUUCUUUACCCUACCAGUCCUACCUGGGCAGAGCUGGAGUGUCACAGUAUGUGUGGUCUAGCUGGUGACCCUCCCUACAUCUGGAUCAGGAAUGGACAGAAUGUAGGACAGGGAAUAAACUACUGGGAGUAUAUUCAGUCUGAUGGGAGCUAUUCAUGUGCCGUUGAAGGAUACAAACGUGUCACCUCUCCUUUAGUGUGGCUUCAGGGUAAUGGUGACUGGACAGUUACUUACUCAUCUAGUAAUGUCUGUGCUUUAAGAGGAGCAAUGGUUGACAUCAACUGCACUUAUGAAUACCCUGACAACGUACAGUACCGCCCUAACACAGUCAGAACACUGUGGUUUACUAAAGGAGACAAGUAUCAGCCAGUUGAUCUGGAACACGAUGCAGACUACACAGGUCGUGUUGAAUCCAGCUGUGAAGAGGUCAGAUGUACCGGGUCCAGAUGUCAUGGAACAUGUACCCUGAGAAUCAAAGACCUGAGACAGAGUGACUCUUCCGUCUACAAGUUUAUGUUCACAACAAAUCAACUAGGUUUGGAAUAUAUUGGUAACCCUGGAGUGAUGUUAUCUGUAACAGCUGGAGUGUCACAGUAUGUGUGGCCUAGCUGUUGACCCUCGAUACAUCUGGUUCAGGAAUGGACAGAAUGUAGGACAACGAGUGAACUACUGGGCCUACAUUCAGUCUGGAGACAGCUUUUCAUGUGCUUUUGAAGGAUAUGAACGUCUCCGCUCUCCUAUAGUGUACGCUCCAAAGAACCCCUCAGUGACUAUGAGUCCCUCUGGUGAAAUAAAGGAGGGCA